GCUCUUCCCCUCAGAGCAGCGGCAGCAGCGGGGACGGGGUCGGGGUCAGCGCCAUGGAGGAGGCGGCGAACUGCGGGGCUCAGUUCCGAGCUGCUGUUCAGGUUAUCCAAGGGCUACCCCGGAGCGGUUCGUACCGGCCCUCCUAUGAGGAGAUGCUGCGGUUCUACAGCUACUACAAGCAGGCGACGGCGGGGCGAUGCCAAGGCCCGAGACCCGGCUUCUGGGACCCUAUCGGCCGGUACAAGUGGGACGCCUGGCACAGCCUGGGGAAGAUGUCCAAGGAGGAGGCGAUGGCAGCUUAUGUGGCUGAGAUGAAGAAGGUGGCCCAAAAGGUCAUCGACACAGUGCCCAUGGAUGAGACAACGGAGGAGAUGUUCAGGUACUUUGAGCCACUCUAUGAGGUGAUCCACGACAUGCCCCGGCCCCCUGAGACCUUCUUCAAGAGGAAAGGGGGCAGCCGGGAGCCGACAGCCGAUCCCAGCCAGGAGGAGCCCCCCGGAACCCCCCGGGAGCAUCGGGACGGGCAGCAGGUGCCAGGGGACGGGCUGGCUCCGGCCACAGAGGCCACCGAGGGUGGCCCGGUGACCAGUGACUCGGAGGGGGAUGUGUUCUGUGACACCCUGGAGCAGGUGGAGCCCGAGCAGGCUGGGUGCCCGCUGGGCCUGUGCCCCCCCGGCGGGCAGGGUGAGGGGGGCGAAGGCCGAAGAGCAGAGGGCAGGAGCACCCCGAGAGAUCCCCGGCAGUGCGGGACAGGGCGGGACGGCCCCGCGCUGCCCCGGGAGCUGCCGGCAGAGCUGGAGACACGCGUGGCCGGCACGGUGCGGGCACUGCAGGACGACAUGAGGAGGGUGCUGGAACGGCUGAGCCAGCUGGAGACCCGCACGGCCCAGCAGGGGCACAGGGGGGGGACAGGCCCUGGCCAGGCACUCCCUUCACAGGCAGCGUCCCCGUGGCCCCUGCCCGUGUCCCCGCACACCCUCCUCUUCCUCUUCGCUUGGCCCUUCAUCACCCAGUGGCUGCUGCGCCGCUGGCAGGGCAGGAAGAGGUGACAGAGGUGACAGCCGUGUCCCCACCGCUUCGCCCGCCGGGGAGGCUCCACCGGCUGACGCGGGAAUCGCCUCACGCAGCCCGGGGGCUCCUGCGGGACCCCCGCCCCGCACCGCCAGCAGCGCCGGGACG